CGGUGAGACUAAUAAGGACAGAGAUGCAGUUGGAGGUCCCAUUCUCACGUUUUAUUUCUAGUCGACUUUGGAUUCGCAGCUGACUUGAACAUGUGUUCAUAACCCCUAAAGGAUUGUUUUUUGUGCUUUGGAGGAAACUUUCACGGGAUAUGCGUCCAAGAGGCCAUUUGGCAUGCGCCAGAGAAGACAUGUGUCACCUGCUCAGAUGGACUAUUUUUCUCUGGAUUGUUAGCGCCAUUCCUUAUACUUUUGGAAUGGCGGUCAGCGAGAGAACAGAUGAUUCAUGCCCUAAUUUAAGAAUAGAAGAGAGCCGGUAUGUCCAGGGUCUGCGGCCUUAUGAAAUCACAGGAUUUGAUUUGACUGAGAAGUUCCUGCUCCGAAAAGGGACAGUGACCGAGGACCGGCCGUCCUUCCGUUUGGGCAGCACGCCCCUCAUCAAGCCCACACAGUUCGUCUUUCCCAACGGGCUGCCGGACGAAUACUCGCUGGUCGCCAUAUUCCGCCUGCGAAAGACCACCAAGAAAGAUCGCUGGUACCUCUGGCAGAUUUCUGACCAAUCGGGAGGCUCGCAGGUGUCCGUCAUCGUGGACGGCGGCAAGAAGACGGUGGAGUUCUCGGCCCGGGGGCUGCUGAAGAACAACCUGCACUACACCUUCCGGAGCCGGGACCUGCAGUCGCUGUUCGACCGGCAGUGGCACAAGCUGAGCGUGACGGUGCAGGCCAGCAUCCUGUCCAUCUACAUGGACUGCGCGCUGAUCGAGCGUCGCCUGACCGAGGAGAAGGACGCCGCGGGCUCCGCCGGGCGCACGCUCAUCGCCACGCGCGUCGAGGACGGCCGCCCCGUAGACAUUGAACUGCAGCAGAUCCUCAUCUACUGUGAUCCCCGGAUCGCCGAGAAGGAGACCUGCUGCGAGAUGCCCGGCUCAACGUGCGCUCCGAUGGAGUUUAUGGAAGCCACGCCCCCGUCGCCGGUGACCACCCCCCUCCCGAGGAUGCUGUCCCAGCAGGUGGUGCGGCGCGGAGACGCGUGCUACUGUCGGGGGGAGAAGGGAGACCAAGGGUUGCCAGGUUUGGAAGGACUCCCCGGAAUAAAGGGGGAUAAAGGCGACAAGGGGGACAUUGGAGAAGAUGGGGAACCAGGCAGCCCUGGAUUAAAGGGCGACAGAGGGAUCGCCGGGCUUCCCGGUCUGGACGGGAUCGCUGGGCGUAAGGGCGAGGCGGGCGAUCCAGGCGUCCCGGGACUGGACGGCGAGAAGGGUGAGAAGGGAACAGCGGGAGAGCAAGGUCCUGUGGGCUUACCUGGAAAAGAUGGCUUGAAGGGAGAUCCUGGACUUGAUGGCCUGGUCGGCCCCAGAGGUGAUAAAGGAGAUAUGGGCCCUCCCGGACUGCCAGGUCUCUCUAUGGAACGUGAAGGACUAAAAGGAGAGCCCGGCAUGCCAGGUGUUCCCGGAGAACAGGGACCAGCUGGAACCCCAGGAGCUCCGGGUGCAGAGGGCAAGAGGGGUCGCCGAGGGAAAUCGGGCGAGCCCGGCCCCCCUGGACCCCCGGGAGAGAGGACUGGCUCAGAAGGGUCAGGAAUCAAGGGGAGCAAAGGUGAGCCGGGGGCAGGAGGAGAGAAGGGCGAGACGGGAGACCCUGGUCAUACAGGAGGAGCGGGGGAGAGUGGAGCGAAAGGAGAGAAGGGUGAAGUUGGAGCCCGAGGUCCCCCUGGCCCAGUGAUGACCGCUCAUGGACUGAGGCAUCUCACCGGGUCUGGAGAAGCAGGCGAAAAGGGACAGAAGGGAGAGAAAGGCGACCAGGGCGAUAUUGGCAUCGAAGGACCUCCCGGCCUAAAGGGGGUGAUGGGAAGCACUGGACCGCCGGGCCCAGUGGGACCUCCGGGCGUAGAGGGCAAAGAGGGCCCGCCAGGACACCUGGGACUGCGUGGUCUUCCGGGAGACGUGGGCUCUCCUGGGGACCCCGGACUGCCUGGAGAAGACGGUCUUAAAGGAGAGAAGGGCGACUCGGGGGGGGUGACAGGACCCCCUGGCCCCCCAGGUCCCAAAGGGGAGCCGGGAACCCUAGGACUAGGAUCAUCCAGCAAUCCGGCAGGAGGAGCAUCCGGACCCAGGGGUUCUCGGGGGCCAAAGGGUGAGAGAGGGCUCCCAGGUCUGAUGGGAGAGCCGGGGGAAAAGGGUGAUGCAGGCCUGGGCCUCCCAGGGCCCCCGGGCCCCAGGGGACCAGAGGGGAAGCCUGGAGUUCAGGGUCCUUACGGACCCCCUGGCCCAACAGGACCAGCUGGACCUGUAGGAAAUCAGGGCCCCCCAGGCAGAGAUGGUAGGCCUGGCCCCCCAGGACCCCCCGGUGAACUGACUGCACUGCCCAUUGUUGGGGAGAUGGGCACCCCACUCAAGAACGCCUGCAGCUCGUGCCAGACGCGGGUUUCGGGGCUGCCCGGUCAGAAGGGCGAGAAGGGCGCCCCCGGGAUGCCCGGAGCGGAGGGUCCUGAGGGUGAGAAGGGUGAUCAAGGAGUACGAGGGCAAAUGGGGAACCCAGGGAAGGAGGGGCCCAAGGGCGUGAAAGGAGAGAGAGGUUUUCCUGGUCCUGUCGGAGACAAAGGUGAUGAGGGUCCUCCAGGUGUACCCGGAUUCCCUGGAGCCAUGGGGCGGACAGGAAGUCCAGGAAUGAUGGGAAGACCGGGGCCUAUGGGACAUCCAGGACUUAAAGGUGAACGGGGCAGCGAGGGUCCCGCUGGCAUUCCUGGACCCCCAGGCCCACCGGGUAUCCUCCACCCAGAGGGGAAUGGGAUGAGCAGUCUUUACAAGCUGCAGGGCAGCGGUGCCAUGGGAUAUCCUGGACCCCCGGGCGCUCCGGGCCCCAAAGGAGACGAAGGCCGAGCCGGCGAAGCAGGUGCAAUGGGCCUGCCCGGGCUGGAAGGGCUGCCCGGUGCCAAGGGUGAUCCCGGAAUUCCAGGCGUUCCGGGGAUUCCUGGUCCUCCAGGGAAGAGCGGUGCUGCCGGCCACCCGGGUUCCCCAGGAGAGCCGGGCGAGAGGGGGCCCAUGGGGGAGACGGGAUUUUCGGGGCCCGAGGGACCUCGUGGCGCACCGGGAAGGCCAGGAAAGGACGGUAUCCCAGGUUACGAGGGAGCCACAGGUAGACCCGGAGACAGAGGUCCAAAAGGAGAACGGGGGGAUCCCGGAAUCCCGGGAGAACGAGGAGUGCAGGGGGAGCGGGGCCGACCGGGAGACAAAGGGGCCGCCGGACCCUCGGGACUGAGAGGAGACCCCGGCCCCCCUGGGGCUCUGGGACCCCCCGGGCUGCUGGCCGACGCGGACGCCCUGGAGGAGAUCAAGAGGUUCAUCCGCAGCGAGGUGCUGAGGGUGUUCGAAGAGAAGCUGUCAGGCCAGGGCUUCCUCCAGAAGAAUCCGGCAAACAUCCUGGCCCCUAACAUUCGCCCGGGCCCCCCCGGGCCCCCAGGUCAAGACGGCUCCCCCGGGCCCCCAGGAGAACCGGGGACACCGGGCCCUCAAGGGUACCGGGGACAGAAGGGAGAGAGGGGACAGCUCGGUUUGGGAAUCACAGGAGCUCCUGGUCCCACCGGCCCACCAGGUGCGCAUGGCGUUGGGCAUCAGGGCCCACCGGGCCCCCAGGGGCCUCAGGGGCCCACAGGAAGGUGCGACCCCAGCGACUGUCUCCACGCGCGGCGGAACGGCUAGGCCCAUCGUACCCGAGCCUUUCCUCGCCCGCGCGGGCCUCCGCACGCUCCACAUCUGAGACGGGCUGACUGUCCGUCUCCCCGCGGCCCCUCCUCAACCCGCCGCCUCAUCAACGUCACGCGUCCACCCGGUGAACAGCACACCUCCAAGGGAAAGAGAGAGAGAGAGAGAGAGAGAGUAGCCUCUGCCAAAUGGCUGAAAUUCACAUUUCAUUUCAGUAAUGAUUUCAGCUGCAUCUCAACAAGGCUCCAUAUUCGUUCAUAUAAGUUGUUAUUAUUAUUUGUCACGUUGGUCAAGGGUAUGAUUUAUACUUUAUUGCUUUUAAAAUAUUAUGAAGCCUCCCCCCCCCACCUCCCCUCAAUCUCCAUCAACCAGAGCAUUCCAUGAAUUAAUUUGUAUUUAAUCUUUAAAGAUUUACAUUUUUAAAUGCUAAACAGUCCUUUAGUUCUUCUCCAAAAUAUGUGAAUUAUUUUCUGUUUAUUGAUGCAGCAGUUUUGGCAGUUUCUUUCAAUGUGCCAAUAGUCUGCAAGUUAAAUGGGGGUAAACAAUUAUAUAUAUAUAU